AUGUAUAUGCAAUUCUUAUUUCAAUUGGCAGUUAUUUCUUUUUCUUUUAGAGUUUUUGUAGUACAAAGUUUGGGCGAAGCAAGGGACCUGAGACAGACACCGGUGUAUAAUGCCUAUAAAACGAAAACAGAUGUUGUUCAAAAAACUAUUUACGUUGAUAAACAGCAAACACCCUACAAGCCUACAUCCGAUUCCUGGCCUCAACGCAAACUUGAUGAUUUUCUGAAAGGCCAUGGAGUAAAGUCUUUGGAUGCUCCAAGCGCAGAGUCGACGUUAGAACCUUGGAAGUCUCCUUUUCAAUUAAUUUCUAAUUUGAGGGAUAAGUAUUACCCUCAUGAGACUAGCACGAACGAGUUGAGGGAGUCAAUGAGCAAAAUUCCUGAAUUAGGUGUAUGGAUCUUUGAUGCUUGGUCGAAUUCUGAACUUUCAGAGUGGUUAAUAAAACAUAAUUUUGAGGUUCCUGAGCCCGGGACCAGGGAACAAUUGCUGGAAACUGUAUUUCAAGCAUUUUUGGAAAACACCGAACUCACCAACGAGGAAUUUGAAACUUGGUCAACUAAUUUGCUACUUAACUUGUUGGAUGAAAAGAAUGUACGCAUUCCUUUAGGUGCAUCACGCGAAGACUUGACUAUCCUUGCCAAACGCUAUUGUUCUGCUGAGUCAGAUGAGCUGGAAUAUAAUGUAAGCUCAAGAAAUGAAGAGAAAGAACUUCCCGCUUCAUUUAUGAAAGAAAUUAUUCAUUUGUGGUCUGAUGGCCGUCUCAUCGACUUCUUAAGAGAAAGGGGUACUCCCGUUUCUGUAUUAUCUCCUCGUGAGAGUUUAUUAAGAAACGUAUACAAUCAUCGUUUCACACCUAGAGCAUUCUCUCCUUCGAAUGUCUUGGAUGGAUGGUCUUCUGAAGAUCUUUUGGCGUGGUUGGAAACCUAUCGUAAAGAAGAUAGCUUAUAUUCGAGCCUUUUGUACAACACUCGUCAUGACCUUCUUCAUACUGCAAAACUAUUUUAUAUGGAUGCUGUUUCUGAAUGGUCUGUAGCAGAUAUUGAAGUUUUGAAUGAUUCUCUAUUCUCCCAUCCUACUAUUUCCAAGCAAUCUAGCUGGACUGAAGAGGAAUUGAAAGAAGAACUCGAAUCGUUUGGUGAACUAGUUCCCGUACCAUUUAAUAACCAAGAAGCCUUCAAGCGAUUACUUCCUCAUCUUCAUUACUACCUUCAAGGCCCCUCCUUCAUACGACGAAUCAAGCACUGGAAAGCAGCUUUAGCCAACUAUUUGAGGGAAGCUUACAUUUUGUCUCCCUAA